AUGGAAUCGAAACUUAAUGAAUUUGAAAUUUUGAAUAAAUUAGGCGAAGGUAGUUUUGGAUAAGUGUAUAAAGUGAGACGUAAGGCUGAUAAGUAGACUUAUGUUAUGAAACAAAUCAACAUUUCAAAAAUGAAUGCUAGAAUGAAAAAUGAAGCUUUAAACGAAGCGAGUAUCUUAGCUAAAUUGGACAGUUCAUAUAUUGUGAAAUAUUAUGAAUCCUUUAUAGAUAAGUAAUUGCUAUGCAUAGUAAUGGAAUUUUGUGAAGGUGGAGAUUUGCAUAAACUAUUAAAAAUGUAAAUGGGAAGACCAUUGCCAGAAAAUUAAGUUUGGAGAUUUUUCAUCCAAAUAACAUUAGGUUUAGCCUUCCUUCAUAAAAAUAAAGUUCUACAUAGAGAUAUUAAAUCAAUGAAUAUUUUUCUUUCAAAAGAUCAGGUUCGGAUUGGAGACCUUGGAGUCGCUAAACUAUUGAAUGAUCAAAAUAACUUUGCGAAUACAAUGGUAGGAACCCCCUACUACCUAUCCCCAGAAAUGUGUGAGGAAAAACCCUAUAAUGAGAAAAGUGAUAUUUGGGCUUUGGGUUGUGUGAUAUACGAACUCUGCACUUUUAAACAUCCCUUUGAAGCCAAUAGCCAAGGUGCUUUGGUACUUAAAAUAAUAAGAGGAAGAUAUGAGCCAAUUGGAUAAAUGUAUUCCUAAGCAUUAGCAUAAUUGAUCGAUUAAUGUUUAUAAAAGGAUUACAGACAAAGGCCUGAUGCUUUCUAAUUAUUACAACAGUCAAGCCUGAUUUAAUAAGCAUAGAACUUGAGGAUGCAAUUAAACUUAAAUUAGCCUCAUCCAAACUCAAAACAGACCUCCUCAAUAUAACCUUAAUAGACUCCUCUAAUCAGCAAACCUAAAGAAGUUUAGCCUCCUUUAGCCACUCCAGUCCCAGUAUCUAUAAAAAGUACUCCCCAAGGAAAACCUUUGAAAACAAAAGCUCCUCAAUCAUCUUAGAAUUUAUAAUUAGAAGUAAAAGGAAAGCAGGAACCUGUGAGAGAUACUCCUAUUGUGUAAAAAAAAAUAGUAUAAGUCCCACCUCCAUCUGCUCCAAAUCUAGUCCAAAAUUAAAAAAAUGAUGACUUUUAUAAGGACUGGAGAGAUAAGGUUUCAGAAUUGCAAAAACAAAAAUAAGAUGAUCGGAUAGUUGUCACGAGACCUGAAUUAUUAAAGGCAGAAUUUCAACCAAAUAAAAUUACUAUAAUUUCAUCUCAAUCUAAUAAUAAUCCAUACAAUUAGGAAUAAAAUAUUUUCUCAAGCUAGUAAGUAUAACCUACGAAGAAACCAAUAGUGUAAGUAAGAUCGAAGGUGUCAAAUCCUAACAUAGAAGAAGUUGAUAAAAAAAGAAUUCGAAAAGGACCUCCAAAGGAACCUGCGAGAUAAGUCAAAGAACCUUUAAGGAAGGCUGAAAAUAUUGAAUUAACAAAAGAAACACCUAAAUAAAAUAAAACUAAAAACACAAAAUAAUAAAUUUGUUCAUAGGAAGAAGUUGAUAUGGUAUUGAAUUUACCUGAAUUUGUAUCUAAAGAUGAAAGCAAUAUCAAAGUCAUUUAACCUGAAAAGGAAAUCAUAGACAUUGCUUCAUUUGCUGAUGAAAUUCCAACCACUUUUGUUGAAUCUUAAGAUGACAUGGAAUCUAAUCAUUAUGUUUAAGUACAAUUUAAAUCAGAACCAAACACAGUAAAUAAUAAGAAUAAUUAAAAUAAUGAUGAAAAUUAAUAGGAUUCAGACAAAGGAGCUUACACAGAUCCUGAGGAUUGUGAAUAGGAAAAUGAAGAAUAAGGAAAGGAUGAUACUGCUGAUUAUGGAGAUGAAGCUCCAAUUUAAAAUAGAAACAUAUAAACAAUUUAAGAGGAAGCUUUUGAAGAUACAAACUAAUGCAAUCAGUUUAUUGAACUCUGUGUUGAUAAUAAGAAAAUGGAUCUAAAUAAAUAAUUGUUGGAAGCUGAAUAAAGAAAAAUGGAAUUAGAAUAGUUCCUUCAAAUCAAACGAAAAGAAUGUAUUCAGGAUUUAGGAUAAAGAUUAUUUGAAGAAGUCAUCAAUUUCUUAAGGGCUAAAUUAAAUUCUCAAGAAGAAUUGAAUGAUAGAGAUUAAGAAGAAAUAGACGACUUGAUCCAAAAUAAGUUGCUAAAUACAAAGAACCCAUAAAUUAUUUAUGUAAUCUACAAAAUUUUGCACUUUGAGAUAGAAAUCACAAAAAGUAUUGAUAAAAUUAAGGAUCUAUCUGAAUAAUUAAUUAACUUAUGA